AUGCCCCUUUCGUCCGCUCAAGUCGACGAGUACAAAGACCUCGGCGCUGAGAUUGUCCUGAAUCUCAUCCACGAUUCUCAGAUACACAAUGGUCGCCUCCAGUGGCAACUCGCCAGCAACUCCAAGAGCUACCGGCUAUACAAAGCGACCAACCCGAAUGGCCCCCCUGGAGCUAAUCUGCACUGCGGGACCAUCCAAGUGAUGGCUACCAUCGACGAAGUGGCCUCGCUCUUUCGGUCCGAAACCACUGACGAAGCCAAGGCAAUGCGUCGGCGGUUCAACCACCGGCUUCUGGACGCCGUGGUGCUGCAUACGAUCCUUAGACCGACUGAGCUGCGUCCCAACGAAAAGGUAGGCAUCUCGUGGCGUGCCUUCGAAAGUCCGGGGGGACGAGCUAUCCUUCAAAAUCGAGACACGUGUGUCCUGGAGAGUCAGCGAGAGUUUGUCCAGAACGGCAGGCGCGGGUUGGUGUGUGCAGUAAAGUCCAUCGAAGUGGAAGCGUGCCCUAAUAUGGAACCAGAGUGGGGCCUUGUCCGCAUGCAAAACUGGGGAAGCGGCCACGUCGUGGUCGAGUCCGAAGAUCGACGGGGGUAUCUGGACGUGUCGUAUGUGUCCAACGUCGACAUGGGGGUGGGCAAGUCGGAGUGGUUCCUUUCCCAUGUGCUCCAUCGAAAGCAAUGGCUGGCUGACCUGUUGAUGCGAAAACGAUGUCAAAAUAUCGGCGACAUUGACCGAUUCCUACGCCUGCAACGCCUCGGGAAGACAGCGUUCGAGCCCAACUUUGUCACGCUCGACUCUAGACGCAGUUGUUUUGUGUGCCAAAGGCGGUUUUCGUUCUUCCAACCUCGCAAGAAGAAGGCCAACUGCGCCAAAUGUGGCGAAGUCGUGUGCUCGAAAUGCUGUCUGGAGUGGCCGAUCAGAGACGUCCAGGUGAAAGUGUGCAGCGUCUGCUCGGCUCCCAGCUACACCCGGGACCGACAAGAGACCGCCGACACGGUCUGUAGCGACCCGUGGCGGCUGCAGGGGUCGACGAUCCUUGCCGCCGAAAGCGAGUUUGACCAAUGGCUGACCACGAUGGAGCGAGCGACGGAGCGGAACCCGCCCGAGCCAGUCAAACCCAAGGCGCAACCGGCAUUUUCCAUACAAGUUUAG